GUCAGCAUGGCUGGCUGCGUCUUGCUGCGCCGGGGCCUCCUCCUCGCCUUCACCCUUACCCUUGUCCUGCACCAGGCAGAGCUUUCAGUGUUUCUUCCAGCCUCGGAGGCAAACAAAGUUCUGGUGAGAUGGAGACGUGCUGGUUCUUAUCUCCUGGAAGAAAUCUUCGAGGGCAACUUGGAAAAGGAAUGCUAUGAGGAAAUCUGCAAGUAUGAGGAAGCGAGAGAAGUGUUUGAAGAUGAUGUCGUGACUGAAAGAUUCUGGAAACAGUACAAUGGAGGUUCUCCAUGCAUCUCCCAGCCCUGCCUCAACAACGGGAUAUGCAAGGACUACAUCCGCAACUACAGCUGCACGUGCUCCCCUGGCUACGAGGGCAAGAACUGCGCAAUGGCUAAAAACGAGUGUCACCUCGAGAGGACCGACGGGUGCCAGCACUUCUGCCAUCCAGGGCAGUCUUCCUACAUGUGCAGCUGUGCAAAGGGCUACAAGCUGGGAACGGACCGCAAAUCAUGCAGUCCAAGUGACAAAUGUGCCUGUGGGGCCCUGACUUCCAAACACAUCAGGACACUGGAAAAAGACGGCCAGGAUCCACCUAGCUUCCCGUGGCAGGUCAAGUUAACAGAUUCCAAAGGAAAGGACUUCUGUGGUGGUGUUUUAAUCCAGGAGGACUUCGUGUUGACCACAGCAAAGUGCUCAUUACUACACAACAACAUUAGUGUCAAAGCAAAUGCUGCCCAGAGGAUUGGGAUCAAGAGCACUCACGUGCACAUGCGCUACGAUAAGGAGUCAGGGGAGAAUGACCUCGCACUGCUGGAACUAGAGAAACCCUUGCACUGUCCCAGCUCAGGGCUCCCUGUCUGCGUCCCAGAGAGGGACUUUGCCGAGCAUGUCCUCAUCCCUGGAACAGAGGGUGUCCUCAGCGGCUGGACGCUCAAUGGCACAGACCUGGAUACCACACCCAUGAUGCUUCCGGUCACACAGGUGGGUGGGGAGGAAUGUGGACAGACCCUGAAUGUGACUGUCACAACAAGAACAAGCUGUGAGAAGGGCAGCGUGGUGACUGGGCCUUGGGUGGAGGGGAGUGUGGUGACCCGAGAACACAAGGGGACCUGGUUCCUCACGGGGAUCCUGGGUUUGCUGCCACCAGGGCAGUCACACGUGUUCCUCCUCACCACAGUCCCAAGAUACUCGAUGUGGUUUAAACAGAUCAUGAAGUAACUGAAAUCCAACAACGUGGCUAAGAGGUGGUCAGAUUCUGUUAACAUUGGAAGGCGAUGUCUCUUUCCUUGGAACUUUAAACUUUCCUUUAUUCUUAGGAAUUCCAUACACACACACAAUGAAACACGGCCACGUCGCUGCCCCGUUUCCCUUCUGCUGCCCGCCUUAUAUUCCCCUCAUGUCUUUUCCUGAUGGACCAGUAAGUCCCGGUAGUGCUACCUCCCAUGCAUAUGUGUUACGAUGGGGAGUCAGGGGAGAUCAUCUCACCGCUAGAGCCCGCGAAGCUAGCUCCAGCCAGCUCUGGGUGUGGUGGGGGGCAGUCCACUGGAGUGCCUCCCCCAGCAGCUGUCAACUGCCAAUAGCGCCUCAGCAAGGAGUGGGGCAUGGAGCAUGACCCACCCACCCCAUCUAGGCAAGAAUCUCGUCUGGCCUGACCUGGUGCAGUCUUGAACAGGUCACUACAGCUGCUGUGAGUCUGGAAGUGAACUCAUCAUGUAUGUCCGGAUUGAGCGUCUCAUGGCGCUCCCCACCACUUUUCAGCUUGUCUAUUCUUCCUGCUUCUCUUCCACAAAGUCCCCUGGGCCUUGGAGGUGAGGGUGUGAGGGGAUGGGGAGAGCUCAUUAGGAUACUGCACUCAGGACUGAACGCUCAGUCCCCCUUUCUCAGCCACUGGGACCAGUUAUGUAUCUUUGCAUUAACUGCUGCCUAUUAUAAAAAGAAGUUUCUCUGGCCAAGCUGGAGAACGGUCCAGAUCUAUGGGUGUAAACACAAAUACUUAGAAGACGAUUUUUAACACGGCUGUUUAGCAAAGUAACAAUAGCAGCUUCUACCCUAGGGCCUGUGACCGCCCCAGCCAGGAGCUUUUGGCCAAGAUUAUAGUUCCAAGCAUGAAAUCCCUCCUGUGGAGCAGGCCUCAAACUCGACCAGAAAGCAGUUAACUAUCCCACGGUAGCCAUGCCAUGACUGUACCAGUGGGCACAUCUUGGCUGGCACGUCAGUGUUGUGGACUGGGGUCCAGCACUGGGUUGAGACCACUGAUGCCUUUGCUCUGCUGCAGCUGGCACAGCACCAUCCAGCACCAUGAAAGCUAGCUGGCAGGGAGUUUCCUGGGUAAUUUUUUAUCUAACCAGAGGCCUUAAGGGGGAAAAAAAAAUGGGUAUGUUAAAUAAAAUCAGUGUCAGUCAUAAACCAGCUGAGUUACUGAGCGGUGAGGGGCUGUGAAUGCAUGUGGUUGUCAUAGGUGGUCUGACACACACUGGAACAGACAUCUCUGGGACAGAGGCAUCUCAGAAUUACCAGUGAGACAGCAAAGGCAGCCUAAUUCUGAUGGUGCAUGGCUCACUGUUGGGAGAGAGAAGCAGGUUUAGUUGGAAGACAACCGUGGGCCUCCUGAUAAGGCUGUACUUAGACACUCUAGGUGAAGAAAAGCCCCUCAGCAGGUUCCAGGGAGUGCUGGAACCUCUCAGCUCAGUCAUGUGGUGGUCAAGGCUGUGCCUUGGUACCCUCAUCUCUGAGAGGAGUGUGGCUGUGAUGAUGUGACCCUGCCUUUAGUCCCAGGACUUGAGAGGCCGAGACAGGAAGGUCCCAAGUGUGGAGACAACCUAGGCUGCAGAGUAAGACCUUGUCUCAAAAUAUAAAUUAUAAGAGGCCAGACUAGUGUGCCCCUAGGCAAGAACUGGGUGUGAGCAUUUGAAUGUUGAUGUAAACUAGCCACAGUAACAUAUGGGUCUGUGUGCCCAGAAACCACAACUCCACACACAGGACUCGAGACAACAUACAAAGAUGCUACACAGAGGUCAUUUCUUUAACUGCCGGGUUCAACUGUUUACCACUUUGAACCAUCCAUGUUUGACUUGGGAUGUCACUUUUAAUAAACUACCUGGAGACACCUGAAAAUUUGAUUCUGUUGCUACUAAACUCAAAAGACUGAGAUCCAGGAUGCUCAUAGGAACGUCAAUGUUUGAGUCAUUGCAAGGAUAACACUUUAUCAGAAGUUGGGGGUACUUAAGCACCCUGCUGAAGAGCAGGGUCAGUUUUGCAUAAUAGCUCUGCAUGAGGACAGUGCCAGACACGUACACAAAGGAGAUAGGAAGGCAAGCCCAGCCCUGGUGGGGCUCACCAGCUCUGCCAGCUAGGGGCCAUCUCCACUGCCAGACAGCUUCUCUGCACACUGGGCUGCUGGGUGGGCAUGACCAGGGGCAUACAGCCCACGGACACACUGCUCCGCAGCCAGUGUGUGGCUUAGGUGGUGUUCUCAGCCGGAAAGUGGUACAGCUCACAACCCAAGGCCACACAAGGGACCACUUCCUUUGGCCCCGUCCUGGAACCCAGCGUCAGCUGCCACAAGGAGAACCCGAGCUGUCCGCCCACAUCCCACUGAGCCGUGUGUCACACCUAUCACAGGAGUGAGCCACCUUCUAGCCCCCAGGACCAUACUCCCCAUCACGUGGAGCAGAGGCCAACCCCACCAAGUGCUGACCAGGCUUCAGAUCUGGGCAAUCUCGGGGUGCUGGGUGGUUUUGCCGCUGCAGGAGGAUGCUGAGGAAGCAGCCACAUACAGGCAAGUCCUGCUCUCUGUGCCCCCAUGGAGGACACAGAGGCUCCCCGACAGCUCAUCUGCACGAGGACAGCUUCUGAACACGACACCUUAGAUAGCUAGCCUGUCCUCCUUAGUGUACUCCUCAUCGACAAGGGGACUGUAAGCCUCCCACAGGCACACACCCAAGCCCUUGGAGGGGACGCAGAGGCGAGAAGAGCAUCGUGUUCUACCAGCACGGUCUACACAGAGCUCCAGCCAGGCUAUGUCGAAGGACCCCACCUCAAUAAACAAACAAAUGACACAAAACAACAAGCGUGCAAGCAGCACCACCACGGAGGAAACGCACUCUGAGAAACAGGGAUGUUUCCAGUGCGGCGGGAGAAACUUCGGCUGAGGCCGGAGGAAGGGUCUCUACAGUGGUGAAGUUAGAUGCAGCUGCAGAGUGAGGGUCUGACAGCACAGUGGCCGCGGGAAAAGGGACACAGGCAGAGCACGGCCAACUGC